AUGAAGAGGUUGAUCGCGAUUUUGGCCAAAUCUAAGCACAGGUUUAUUGUCUCGAAAGGUGUCAAUCAUAAUGAAUACGAUUUUCCGGACAAUAUGUGGGGCGACAGGACUUUACCACAGAUCAAAGUGUUGCCUAUCGUUGAUCUAAUGAUAACACACGGCGGCAACAACUCGACGACUGAAACCAUGUAUUUUGGAAAACCAAUGAUAGUAUUACCGCUAAUACAAGACCAAUACGAUAACGCACAGAGAGUUAUGGAGAAAGGUACUUAUGCUGAAGACAAUGACGGAGAAGACCUGAAUGGGUUGAUCGCACCGGACAUCAGGGCCGAAGUGGAGGCCACCAUAACCAUCGAUGAAUUGGGAAAGAUGUUUAACGAGUUGUUGCAAAACAUCGAGGGCAAUCGGCACAACUUGAAAGCCUGCCAGGACUGUAACACAUCGAUCACAUUCGGCCGAAUGCUCGUCCAAUCACCGGAUCUGAUCAAAUCGUUGGCGCCAACCAUUUGCAAGUCCGUCACGUACUCGACCCGCGUAUGUGUGGGAAUGUUGGAGCGUAUGUCCGAACCGUUGGCCACACUAUUUCAACGCUCAAAGAUCACGACACCUGAAAUGUGUGCCACACUCUUGUCGCCCGACUGUAUGACACUGUUUGGCCUACCGUUCACUCAUAAUAUCAAUUGGGUGUUACCACUGCCUAAACCCAAACCAUUCGCACCGAAAGUGGGAUCCGAUAAACAGCUAAAAAUGGUUCACUUGACUGACGCUCACUUGGAUUUAUGGUAUACUCCGGGCUCUAACUCGACGUGUAGUGAACCGGUUUGCUGUCGGUCCACAUCUCCCGGCGAUAACAGCCAUAGGGCUGGCUAUUGGUCGCAAACAAAGUACUCGUGCGACUGUCCGCUCAAUUUCGCCCAAAACUCGAUCCAACAAAUUGGUGACAAACAUAAAGACAUAGAUUUGGUGAUCUGGACGGGAGAUAACAUACCCCACGACGUCUGGAACACCACCAAAGAAGUCAAUAUACAGCACAUCCGGGCCAUGACUGACGCCAUGAAGAAAGCAUUUGCCGACAAACCACUGUUUCCCUGUCUCGGCAAUCAUGAGGCGCAUCCCAUUAACUUGUAUGUGCCCAACAGUCUGUCCAUUGAAACUCAGGGUAAAGUCUCCAUGGGAUGGCUGUACGACACUCUGGCCGACGAUCUCUGGUCCCAAUGGAUAGACACCGCGGAGGCGAAGAAGACCUUCAAAAAGGGCGGCUAUUAUUCAAAGAGAUUCAGCGAUAAACUGAAAGUCGUUGUCAUGAAUAACAACGUCUGUCAACACGAAAACUAUUACAUCGCUUACGAUCCCAUCGAUCCGGACGGACAGCUCCAGUGGCUCAUCGACGAGCUCGACAGGGCUGAGACGAUAAACUGA